UUCUUUACAUAUUUUUUCCAAAUGAUUUACUUUCAAUUUAACAUGUUUCAUUUACAUCAAAUCAAACACUAACCUAUGCUUGAUAUUCAUCAUUUUCUCCCACCAUUAUCGUUGAUACAAGAAAGAUUCUGUCAAUGUUUACAACAAUAAAUUUUAAACUUAGUGUAAGAAAAAGUGUAUCAUAAUUACACGUAAAUAAUUAUGUUUAAAAUAUAUUACAUUAAGUAAAAAUCAUAUCUCAAAACGAAAGUUGUAACCUCAAACGCACAGUGUUUACGCGCGCACGUUGAAGAGGUUAUGCCGCUACUGUUUCGCUUUAACAGACUGAUAAUUGGAAAAUAAACAAUACCAAAGUAAUAUAAGGAACGUUUUUAAGGUUUAUAAACAGAACGCACAAAUAUGCCUACUUGGAAUCAAAUACAAGCUCAACUACGAAACCCAAAUAACCCGGUUGUUUUCUUCGACGUUUCCGUGGGUACAACGGAAAUUGGACGAAUGAUUUUUGAACUCUUCGAGGAUGUUUGCCCAAAGACGUCAGAGAAUUUUCGUCAAUUCUGCACUGGAGAAUACAGGAAAGAUGGUGUACCUUUGGGUUUCAAAGGUGCCAUUUUUCACAGGGUAAUCAAAGACUUCAUGAUCCAAGGUGGUGACUUUGUAAAUGGAGAUGGUACUGGAGUCAUAAGUAUUUACGGUGGUGGAACUUUUCCUGACGAAAACUUUACGGUGAAACACGACUCACCUGGAUUGUUGUCAAUGGCAAACAGUGGGAAAGACACUAAUGGGUGUCAGUUCUUCAUUACUUGUGCCAAGUGUAAUUUCUUGGAUGGUAAACACGUUGUGUUUGGAAGAGUUAUCGAUGGACUUUUAGUUAUGAGAAAAGUGGAGAAUGUUCCCACUGGACCGAACAAUAAACCAAAAAUUCCUGUGACAAUAUCUCAAUGUGGACAAAUGUAAUAGCUAAAUAAUUGUAAUCUACAUAUUUUUAUAAGCAACUGUGUAAAGUAUACCAUAAUAUGCUAUAUUUUACAGAACUAAACAUAGUUUUAAUUGAACACCUUUUCUUAGUUUUAAUACACCUAAACUAAUGAAGUACAAUUAUGUAUCGAAUCGAUAACUAAUUACUCUUUUGCCUUAAAGCUAAGUCUAUUGCCUCUAGGAGUCUCAUAAUUUCUCAUCAACAGGAAUUGCCUAUCAGGUGCUGCCAAUUUAAUAACUGCUCAAUUUAGUCGAUGGCUUUUAUAGAAUAAAUACCUGUUGAAAAAAUUCUUUUUCAAAUGAAAUUAAAAUGAAAGCAGUUACCA